GUCAGUUAGUCAGUGUUUAUCGCUUGAUAAUAUCGUACGUUCCGGUGUCGUUUGUGAUUCGUUAAAAUAUUUUGUUUAUGUUUUGUUUUUCUCAUUAAUAUAGUGAUUGCGUAAUUACUAAAUAAUUUUUACUUUUUAAUAAUUGUUAAUAAAUAUUAAAUAAUAAUGGCCGAUUAUAAGCUUGUGCCAUUAGCUGGUGCGCGGAGUGAUGUGUGGAAGACAUUUGGGUUUAAAGUAGAUUCUAGUGGUGUAAUAACAAAUAAUAAAAAAGUAACUUGCCGUAACUGCUCACUGUCAAUAGCAUAUUCCGGUAAUACAACAAAUCUAAAAUCACACUUACAACAAUGCACAAAAGUCCCUUCUAAAUCCGAAACAUCCACAAUAUCAUCAUUUUUUACAAGUUCUAAGUCCAAAUUGUCACUCAAUAGUAAACGCCACAAAGAGCUAACUAGAGGUCUACUGAACUUUGUUGUUAGAGAUGUACGGCCUUUUAAUGUUAUCGAAGGAAAAGGUUUUAGAGCGUUUAUGAAUUUGGCUAUUCCUGAAUAUGUUGUUCCAAGUAACACAACUAUAACAAGACUAUCUGAUCAUAUAACUUCACAAGAAAAAAUUAACUUUAAAAGCCAUCUUCAAAAAAUACCUAAUAUUUGCCUUACAAUUGAUUUUUGGACAUCACGAGCCGUGAAUAGUUACCUUGGUGUUACAUGUCAUUUUAUUGAAAAUUGGAAGUUAAAAAGUAGAGUGUUAGAGACAGUGAACAUUGAAGAGUCUCACACAUCAUCGAACAUUGUAAAUAAUCUCAAUACAAUCAUUAAGGAUUAUUGGGAAAUUGAUGGAAAAGUCUGUGCAAUAGUCUGUGACAAUGCACCAAAUAUGACUAAGGCGGUACAAAAUUUGGAAGAAGUAAAUUUGGUCAGGUGUUCUGCCCAUAGCAUACAACUGGCUAUAAAUUAUGGACUUAAACAUGAAUCAAUUACAGAACUUCUCAUGAUGCUUCGUAAAAUAGUUGGACAUUUUCACAGAAGUGCAGUGGCUCUACACAGCCUCGAAGAAGAACAAGACCAACUUCAAAUUCCUAAGACUAAACUGGUGCAAGAUUGUGUAACUAGAUGGAACUCUACCCAUAAUAUGAUGAUGAGUAUAUCUAAAAACCGUGAAGCUAUUAAUAAUUGUUUAAGAAGUAACCGCAAGACUGAAGACUGGUAUAUAACAGUAAGUCAAAAUGAAAUUAUUGCUGAUUUAAUAAACAUUUUGGAACCAUUUAAAUCGGCUACUGAAAUUCUUGGUGGGGAUAAAUAUGUAACUUUAUCAAUUGUUGGGAGAUUAUUCAAGAACUUGAUAAGUUCUGUUGAAUGUAUAUCAACAGACAGUGUUAUUGUAAAUGAAAUAAAGUUACUUAUUAGCUCUGAUCUAAAAAAAAGACAAAAUAAAAUGGGUGAUAUUAUACAUAAAGCUGCUGCCUUAGAUCCACGGUAUCGCAGUUUAAAAUAUCUAUCGGAAGAAGAAAAUAUAAAUACAUGGGCAUUACUGGAACAAGAAUUAAUACAAAAUGAAGCAGAUGUGACCUAUAAUGAAAAUGGAAAACGGCCAUCCACAUCAGAGUGCUCUGUGAAAGAAGUAAAAAAUAAAGUUGGUAACCCUUGUAAUAAAGAAAAGCAAAAAUGUCACUCGUUACUUGCAGACAGUGAUGAUGAAGAUGACCAUGACAAAGAUGAAGAUAUAGUAGAUGAUUGCGUCCAACAGCUGAGACGGUACAAACAGUCUGCAGAAAGUGUUCCAAAAAGUAUUGACCCCUUAGUUUGGUGGAAAGCUAACGAAUACAAAUUUCCUGUUAUUGCCAAGUUGGCUAAAAAGUAUCUUAGCAUUGUAGCCACAAGUGUUCCGAGUGAACGACUUUUUAGCCAAGCCGGGCAAGUUGUAUCUCAAAAAAGAGCUAGAUUGAUGCCAAGCAGAGUAAAUGAUCUACUAUUUCUCAACUCAUUCUUGAGGACAGGAGAACCAAUUAAAGAUGAAGAAUUUAAGUAUGAAGAGACUGAAGACAGUAUCUAGUACCUAGUCAACUAUCUAGACUGAAGAAAAAUUUUUAAUUAUGUUAAAAUUAAUGUUUUUAUAUUUUAUUACCUAUUUUAGAAAGAAUAAAGAGGAAAGUUUUUUUUUUAUGAAGCA